UUUUGCUUUGUGGCGCACUUUGCGCUGCAUGGCGUUUGAAAAUGAUGUUCUGAGGUGGAGUGUUGGUGCCGGCGGUGCAGCAGUUCACGCUCGUUCAUACCAAUUGGCUUGUGAUUUAGAGUUGGAAUCAAAAGGAUGAGCUGGUGGCAGGGUGCUGACGGAUUCAGAAGCGAAGUUUAUGCUAGAAUGCGAGGAACCUGAAGCAGAAUUUAUUCAAGCAGUCGAUGGGUUUAAGGUUCUGUGGUAAUCAAUGUCUGUAAGUACCAUCUGUCUAAUGCCAGGCAGGGCUUGGUUAGGUAUCAUCACAUUCCAUGGAAUUCCCCACAUUCUGCAGAUACCUGGAUAAGCUGGCUAUUAUUUACUCAAGCAAGUAGUCACUGCAGCGAAUUCAAUGCAGCGAUAUUAUUCAGGGUCCAUGAUUGAACCAUACGAGUAGAUAAUAAGAGAACAUCAUGUCGUUGACUGGAGGACGUAAGGAAGGUCACCAGGCGUUUGCGCGCCUUCGACCACUCUGUACACAGCUGCUGGAGGUGUCUAUCAACUCUCCAGAAGAGCGGGGUGCUGUUUUAGACGCGCUUCUGUGGGUUUUGAGAGAUAUUGAUCCUAUUGGACUUCAGACAUGCAUGGACUAUGUGCUGUUACCUCUUCUACUACUAUUGGACGGGGCAGUAGCUUGCAGGACAUCUUCUGCAAAGGAGAAGAGUACCUCCAAGGCGAAGAUUAUGAUAGUUGGGGAUCGGGCUGCGGAAAGUGUUCUUUCGUGUGUGGAGACGGUGCUGCAUAAGUGCCAUGUAGAGACAAGAGAACAGAUGAUUAUGAUGCUUCGAAAGCUCACUGGGGGUGCCAUGCUGUCGACAUCUGAGGCUUCAGAAGAAUUUCGACACGGAGUUUUGAAGUGUUUGAAAUCCUUCUUGACGAAUCUCAGGCCUUGCAGUACUGCUUCUUGUAUGUGCCAAUCAGUCAGUGUCUCUCCAUUUGAGGCCUUGGACAAGAAAAUCUGGAAUCUCGUCAAGGCCAAUAUCCAAAAUAUCGACUCAAUUAUAGACGAAAGUGAUGUAUGUCCGAUGGGGUUCCUGCAAACGGAAAGUAUGGCCCCUGCCGUUGGUCACUUGAUAUCUCUUCUACUCCAGAUUGCAGACGCAGAGGCCAGUAGAGGUGGUGUUGGUAGUGGCAAGUUGAGACGCGAUGCACUGUCAACUUUACGACUUCUCUUCUUGAAGGUUGGCAGUGCAGAUGCACUUGCAUUCUUUCUACCAGGAGCUGUUCGUGGUCUUGCUACGGUUAUGCGCGCCACCAAAGCACAAGUUAACUCUGGGUUUUCAACUCCUAUAGUGCAUGUUUCUGGGGCUGCUGGAUGGCCAGCUGUAGUCGAAGAAGCAGUGCGUGGGAUGGCCGAGAUUUUGACAAUUGUCAUGAGAGACGGGCAGAGUUCUGACUCAAUCACGACAACAGAUGAAUCAGCCACUUUGGAUUCUGCCUUAGAUUAUCUGCAGGAUUUGUCUCUACAAUUUAAAAAAGUUUCACCAACAGAUGAGAUCAAUCGGUCCAAUAUGGAAGUUUCAACCCUGGUUGUACACAAGAAAAAAAAAAACAGAGGAGAAAAUGAAAGCUCGAUGCCAGAAAUUGGUGCUGGAGUGCGUUCCUUUCGAACUGAACGAGACGAGAAAUGGCAAAAGGAAGCAGCUAUUCGUGUUCACACGUUUCUAUCACAAACUCUUCCACUGUUAUGCACUCACCCUUCUGCUUCCGUGAGAUUGGCGGUUGUUGAAGCUGCAACGGUCUUGCUCGUGAAUUGCGAGAGCACUUUGAUAGGUUGCAGCUCUCUACUACUUGAAUGUCUUCUAGCUUUGGCAUGUGAUGAGUUUGAGCAUGUUGCUUCAGCAGCUCAGCUCUAUUUGAGUCGGCUUUUGGGUUUUCAAAGAUCAAUUUGGUGGGACAGUAAGGUGGAACGGGUUGAUCAAAGUAUAGAUCCAAUCAAGGUCUUCAGAACUCUGCCAAACAUCAUGACUGACAUCUUAUCAAGUUUGGUGGAGCAGCUGCCCAAGGUGAUAUUUUCGUCUAACGCAGCAAUGGCCGUCUCGCAUGGAAAACGCUUAGCUGCAGCCAUGUACUUUUCUGGGCCAUUGGUUGUUUCGUCAUGUCUGUUGGGAACACCAAUAGACCGACAAAGAUUCACCAAAGUCUUUACGCAGUGCCUUGGCUUCAGUUCAGCAUUUACGGGGUCCUUGGGUCAAAUUGCAGCCAACCCAUCAGCACAUUCUCCUGUGGUAUCCGAGAUCUUGCCGGGUAGAGGGAAGCACAAUGAUUCGCAAAAAUCAGUACAAGAAAGUGAUGCUAGCAGUGGAGUUCAACAAGAACUCUACCUAGAGGGAAUUCCAAGCAUGCCGCCAUGGUUGCCAGUAGGUACGGCGAGCAGGCUGUAUUCCGUUUUGGCCGAUGUCUUAAGGCUUGCUGGGGUAUCCGCGAUAUCUGAUCAAAGGAAUGGUACAAGAUUUUUUGGCCUUGUAGAAUUACUUCUGGUGGAUAUACGUCUUGCGGCCACCAAUCGGAAAAUGUAUAAUAGUGAUUCAAGAUCAAUGGACUUCGAAACAGGUCAAAGGCUACGUGCUGCUGCAACAUCAGCAUGUGUGCUGAAUGAGAUAAUGUACGGAGCCUCAGGGAAAUGGAAUGGAAAGUUAUUUUCCAAGUUUCAAGAGCAGGAUUCUCUUAAAGCGCUUCAGAAACCAGCAUCACAGGUGGAUUCGAGCAGCAGCAACAACUCAAGUGCUGAAGUAGAACCCGCCAAGCGACCGUAUUUGAUGAAAGAAACUGAUGCAAAGCAUGAAGCUGAAAACAGUAAUCACCUUCCUCAUCAGAUUGGAAAAUGGCAAGGAGCGAAGGGAGAAUUUGUGAGGAAAGCUAUAACUGAGUGUGCUGGUGACAUAAUUCACGAUUAUCUAUCUACAGAAAUCUGGGAUGAACCUACGCAUUAUACCGAGAAAUCAGUUUCAGCACCUGGCAUAUCAUCAUUUAACAAUGACCAAGACAUUGUUAUGCUACAGAAGGUUCUUGUGGAGGGAGUAGGCGUGCUUGGUAUGUCCCUUGGCAAGGCAUUUGAGGAGAACGGUUUGCUGAGGCUUGUUUUGUUUCCCCUCCUCGAGAAACUGGCCUCUCCCAACUACUAUGUCAGCCAAGCAGCUGCGAUGUCCCUCAACGCCAUUCGCUUUUCUUGCGAAGCUAGAUCGGUGAAAGACCUGGUGGUGGCAAAUGUGGAUUAUGUUGUCGAUUCUUUGUGUCGACAAUUCAGGCAUUUGAAAAUGCACCCUCGGUCCCUGAACAUGCUAGCUGCAAUCUUGCGUCACACGAAUACUGCGCCUGAUCUACUGCCUCUUUUAGGAGAACCUCUUCAAUGUCUCGUGGUGGAGCUUGACGUGAUGGCAAGAACAAGUCAUCCUCAGCUCACCGUUCCCCUUUUGAGAGCCAUGCGAGAGAUUCUCAGGGCAGCUAGUUUAGAAGUUGACAUUAUGCUGUCAACUUCUACUAAUGCUGCAGCCAUGUGGAGGUCAAUGUCGAAAGCCAAUGAAUCCAGCUCAGAUACGUCUCUACUCAAGACAUCUACGAAGAAGUUUCAAGACAGUGAUUUGGAGGAAGAAGUGGACAAGUUCUUGGAUAGAGUACGCCACAGACAUGCUAUUCUUAAGGUUGCCACAUCUUGUGUUCUUGCUUGUGGACCUCUUUUAGCAUCGGAGGACAUUCAAAUUUGUCUCUUCACCCUGGAUGUCAUCGCGGAUGGUAUAAGUACCCUCUCGGAUGCGGAGGAGGCCGGUCGAUAUGAUGAUGCAAGCAGGCAAGCAAUGAAGGACCAGUGCAAUUUAAUGGAUGAUCCCCAAUCAUCCAUGCGCUGCGUUGACAUGAUUACUAAAGAUGAAUCUGAAACUAAUAAGCUGCUACCAACCAUGCAUAAAAUCUGGAAGUACUUGGUGGUCUGCUUACGACAAGGCCGCACACCUGUAGUUGUCCGUGCACUGGAUGUGAUGUCAUUGGUCACAACCAAGUGUGGUGGAGAGUUCUUCACACGACGCUUGAAGCACGAUGUCAUGCCUAUACUGGUCGGACACCUGAGUCAAGGCUUGAUGUCAACACCGAGUAAAAGACGGAGUUAUCCGCUCAUACCCCACAAGUAUACUCAUUCUCAGGAGCACGGACCAGAAGCCAUGCUGAAAGUACAACAUGCAGUGUUAAAAAGCAUUUCUUCGAUCGCAUCAGACAAAAAGAGUGCUCCAGCUCUCCAAAGUUCAUUUGAAGUACUUGCAUCAUGGGUGGUAGUGCUCGCUUGCGAAGUGGAAGCUCUGAAAGUGGCUGCUACCGAAACAGCAUUAGCUCUUUCUACCUUGAAUUCAGACUUCGUUUGGAUACUGGUCGCAGAUCUGCUAUCUGGUGUUAUAACGGAAGAGUUCAGCCAAGUUACCAUACCUGGCUUUCCAGACUUCAACGCCAUGUUGCCGACAUGGUCAUGUCAAGCGGACACCUUGUGGUGUCAGUACACAGCUUACAGAGGCGAAUUUAGAUCAGUUGACAGAAGUGCUGCCCAGCAACUGCUCUCAAAGCUAGAGGGACUCCCAACCACAUGGACACAGGCUUGACGAUGGAUGAGAUUUGAUCAGGUGGUUGAGUUCAGGUUAGCUUGUAGAUGUCAUGGCAGUGGUCCAUAGAAUACGGGUUUUGCAGAUCUAGGGAGGUGGACGGGAAACGUAGAUUGGCAAUCGUUGCCGUCCAUUCUGUAUAUAUUUUGUUGUGAAUUUUGCACAUUGGAGGCUUAUAUCUAUACAUGAGUUCAUUCUGGAGCAUUGGGUCCAGGGCCUGUUCAGU